UAAGGGCGCGUGGCCCUGCUUGUGUUCAGCCUUCUCGCUCUGUUUAAGAGGCGGGAGGGAAUUACUGUCACUUCGCAGGCGUUUAGGCAGGUGCCCGGCCCGUGAUCGGGGUUCUGACAGCGGUUCUGCAGAGCUGUAGCAGCACCGACACCAGAACUUCUGCUUGUGCCAUGAUGAAAUCCUACAAUGCCGUUUUGUGUGGGUGAAGUGAAGGGAUAGAAAAGGAAAUUAAAAAAAAUGCCCAAGCAAACAACAGUGACAAUAACAUUGGCGACCCUGCUGGGUGUUGCAGUGGGAGGCCUGGUUUUGUGGAAAGCAACCCAACGUCGGAAAGGAAAAGCAUGCCAUAGUAGUCAGCAAGAAGAAGCAGCUAUAAAGUCGGGAGAUGAGAAACUCAUUAAGACAGAGGAUAAGGAGGUGCUUUCCUUCUUCAGAUCUCCCACCUUUUCCUGGGUAGAGAGGACCCUUGGUGCAGACAUAGUGAUAGUUUCAGAGCAAGAGGAGUGGAAUCGUGUUGAACCAUUGCUGAAGAAGGAGCUGGAGAAGUGGCCGGUGCUUGGAAUUGAUUGCGAGUGGGUAUCUGUGGAGGGAAGAGCAAAUCCUGUAUCCCUGCUACAGAUGGCUUCUUCCAGUGGCCUCUGCAUUCUUGUUCGGUUGCCCAGGCUUGUUGCCAGUGGACAGACUCUCCCAAAGACCCUGUUGGACAUCAUGGCAGAUAGUACUGUGUUGAAAGUUGGGGUUGGAUGCUGGGAAGAUGCUUGCAAGCUGCUUCAUGAUUAUGGCCUUCCAGUCAAAGGGAGUGUGGAUCUGCGGUAUUUAGCCAUGAGACAGCGGAAGGAUCUACUUCACAACUGCCUUAGCCUUAAGUCUUUAGCUGAAAAAGUCCUGAACUGCCCACUUGACAAAUCUCCUCAUGUGCGUUGCAGCAACUGGGAGGCAGAAGAACUGGCACAAGAUCAGAUUCUCUAUGCUGCUAGGGAUGCCCAGGUCUCAGUGGCUCUGUUCCUCCAUUUGCUGGGAUUUGCUGGCCUCCCUGCUACAUCUGAAGGUGAAAACUCUGUCGCUGCUUGGGAAAAAGCAUUGGGUAAAUGCCGGGGCUUGGUGGAUAUCCCAUUUAGAGGAAGAAAGAGUGGCAGCACAGGAGAGGAGAAGAGUGGAGAUGGACACUCCCCUCAGAAAACAAAGAAUCGGAAAUCUUGGGUGAAUGGCCAGCCCUCUGGCAAUCAUCAAGUGAGAGAUCCACGGAGGCAGAAGCGAAAGCCUCUGGGUGUGGGAUAUUCUGCACGAAAAUCUCCACUGUAUGACAACUGCUUCCUGCAUGCACCAGAUGGACAACCCCUGUGCACUUGUGAUCGCAAGAAGGCUCAGUGGUAUCUGGACAAGGGGAUUGGAGAGCUAGUUAGCACAGACCCCUUUGUUGUGAAGCUGCGGUUUGAGCCUUCCGGACGUCCUGAGUCUCAAGUUGAUUAUUAUCUGACAGUCAAAGAAAACCUGUGUGUUGUAUGUGGCAAGCGAGAAUCCUAUAUCCGGAAGAAUGUUGUUCCUCACGAAUACCGAAGACACUUCCCCAUCCAGAUGAAGGACCACAACUCCCAUGAUGUGCUCCUACUCUGCACAUCCUGCCAUGCCAUUUCCAAUUACUAUGACAACCAUCUCAAGCAGCAGCUGGCUGAGGAGUUUGGUGCCCCCAUCGGCUCCGAGGAAGGUGUGCGUCUGCUGGAGGACCCUCUGCGCAGGCAAGUGCGCUCGGGAGCGCGAGCCCUGCUGAAUGCGGACAGCCUGCCUGACCCCCGAAGGGCAGAGCUUCUGCAAAGCAUCAAGGACUUCUUUAACACAGAGGCAGUCACACCAGAGAUGCUCCAGGAAGCAGCUGGUCUGGAAACCAGGAUCUGCAAUGAGAGCUACAUGCCACAUGGACUGAAGGUGGUGCAGUGUUUUGCUAAAGGAGGCCUGCGCUCCCUUAUGCAGUUGGAAAGACGCUGGCGGCAGCACUUUUUGGACAGUAUGCAGCCCAAGCACCUCCCAGAGCAAUGGUCAGUGGAUCAUAACCACAUGAAGCUAAUCCGAAAGUAUGGGGAGGAUCUUCAGAUUGAGCUGUCGUGAAACUAACUCCCUGAACUCUGGAUAGUGUCUAAUGAACAUAUGUAACUGAAGAUGAAAGGACUAUUUUUAUCUCUAUGCCUUCACUAACACCUGGGUCUGGGUUUGCAAACACGUAGCAGUAGAUCUGCCAGAUUUGACAUUUUUAUAGAGUUAAAUUUGACAGUUAGAUCCAUUGACUUGAACUUUCAGAUGGUUUGGAAUUUUUAAUCCUAGUCUGUCAUUCACUAGUUCAGUGCAAGAGUGAUAUACUAAGGGAACUUGUCUUCUCAAAGUGACUAUGGAGAAUUAUUUUCCUCAAGCCUCCAGGGUACUUGAUGCCUGCAGACCAUCUCUCAGCACAGAGCGCAAUAUAUGAACUUUUCCACACUUUCUGACAUAAAUUUGUGCCCUUGACUUCACCUUUAGAGUCUCUUGAUAAAAAUCUUUCUUUGUUUUCAGUGCAGUUGUACUCAUAUGAGUUCUUCUUAGAGAAGACCCCCUGCCAGAGAGAGAUUUCUUGUUUGGAACUGGCAAAGAAAGCUUACUUUUUUGCAGAUUCUGAGGUGUAUCAGCAUUGCAGAUAGGCCUGAGCAAGUUUCCUCGUGGCAGGUGCCUGAUGAGAAGUAACACUGACUCUGGCAGUAUGGAAGCACCCAUGCCAAGUCUUUUGUUAAACAGCUUCCAGCAACACACAAUUUAUAGAAAUGUUCUUUCCUAAUUCUACUUGUCUGUCUUGAAUAGUGUGCACAUGCCUGCAGGGCUGUGAUCUUGUUGGCAUUACAGAGACAGGGUGGGAUGACUCCUAUGACUGGAGUGUUGGAAGGAUACAGGCUGUUUAAGAAGAACAGGCAUGGAGGUGUCUCACCUUCUGUGUCAAUGACUGGCUGGAGUGCAUGGAGCUCUGGCUGGAGUUCAUGGAGCUCAGCCUAGGGAUGGAUGAGGAGUCAACCAAGAGUUUAUGGGUCAGGAUUAAGGGAGGGCAGAGACAGGUGACAUUAUGGUGGAGGUCUGCUACAGAUCGCCCAACCAGGAAGAUUGAGUGGAUGAAGCUGUAUAUAGACAGAUAAAAGCAGCCUUGUGUUCACAAGCCUUGGUAGUCAUGGGAGACUUCAACCAUCCCCAUAUCUAUUGGAAGGACAACACAGCAGGGCAUAAGCAAUUCAGGAGGUUCCUGGAAUGUGUUGAUAACUUCUCCAGAAAGCCAACCCCAUCCUGGGCUGCAUCAAAAGAGGCAUGACCAGUAGGUCAAGGGAGGUGAUCCUCCCUUCUAUUCUGCUCUCGUGAGACCCAUGUGGAGUACUGCAUCCAGCUCUGGGGCCCCCAACAUAAUAGAGUGUGUCCAGAGAAGGGCUACAAAGAUGAUCAGAGGGCUGGAACAUCUAUCUUAUAGAGACAGACUGAGAGAGUUGUUCAGCCUGGAGAAGUCUCUGGAGAGACCUUAUUGCAGCCUUUCAGUACCUAGAAGGGGCUACAGGAGAGCUGGAGAGGGACUUUUUACAAGAGCACAUAGUAGUUUAAUUACCUAGGUAGCCUCAUUUCCUCGGAUGGCAAGAUUGACGGAGAGAUAGACAACAGGUUAGCAAAGGCAUAUAGUGCUUUUGGAAAACUCCACAAAAGAGUAUGGCGUAAUAAACACUUGAAGAAAAGCACCAAGAUCAGUGUUUACAAAGCCAUAGUGUUGUCUACUCUCUUGUAUGGUUCCGAAUCAUGGGUCAUCUACCGCCACCACCUGUGUCUCCUAGAACGGUUCCAUCAACGCUGCCUCCGUACAAUCCUAAACAUCCACUGGUCAGAUUAUGUGACCAAUACAUCUGUUCUAGAGCAAGCAGCAGUCACAAGUAUUGAGGCCAUGUUGAUGAGAACACAUCUGCGUUGGGCAGGGCACGUCUCCAGGAUGAAGGACCACCACCUCCCUAAGAUCUUGCUUUACGGUGAACUUGCCACCGGCUGCCGCAUGAGAGGAGCCCCGAAGAAAAGAUACAAGGACUUCCUGAAACAACAUCUCAGCCUUGGCCAUAUUGAUCAACAUAACUGGUCUACUCUGGCCUCCAAUCGGGAGGUCCGGAGACACACCAUCUAUAACGCAGCUGUCUCCUUUGAGAACGCACGCAGGAUCACCCUUGAGGAGAAAAGGCAACACAGAAAGAACCGUGUCUUGCAGAAUAUACCACCUAAGGAGUCUUUCUGCUGUGCCUUUUGCAAUCGGAUAUGUCUGUCACGUAUUGGCCUCAUAAGCCACCAGCGUGCAACAAAUGUGGAUAGAGCCUUCCCAAAUCUUCGUUCGCGAAGCCUAGCCAUGAUGAUGACGUAGUAGUACAACAGGGAGGAAUGGCUUUAAACUGAAAGAGGGUAGGUUUACGCUUAGAUAUUAGGAAGAAAUUCUUUAUUGUGAGGGUGGUGAAGCACUGGCACGGGUUGCCCAGAGAGAAGCUAUGGGUGCCCCAUCCCUGGAAGUGCUCAAGGCCAGGUUGGAUGGAGCUCUGAGCAACCUGGUCUAGUGAAAGGUGUCCCUGCCCAUGGCAGGUGAGUUGGAACUGGAUGAUCUUUAAGGUUCUUUCCAACCCAAAUCAUUCUAUGAUUCUAUGAAUAGCUCUCGGGGAGUACCUUUUCAGAUCAGACUGAAAUGAGUACAGGUUUCUUAAAAGGAAUAAGAGGAAACAAAUUUAAAUUAAAGACCAGCAUCUUUUAAGAGAGCAGACCACAUAUGGCAAAAAAAUGGAAAAUCUGGUGUUCUGUACCUGGAUUUGGCAUGCAUAGUGGUGAGCAGGUCAUACUUGCUCCAUUCUCGUUUCCCUACCUCUAACAUGGGACUAACAGUACAUAAUUAUCUCACAAGGGUGUUGUGAGGCUUAAUUAAUACAUGUGUUUAUAAAAUGCUUUGAAAAUAUAAGCUAGUGUGUGCUAAUUAUUACUGUUGGUUUUUAAAAUGUGCUGCUGUCUCACUUUCUUAAAUACUCAUUUUUUGUCUGGUGCUAGACCUUAGUUAAAUAUAACUUUUUAAAAAUA